AUGACCAAUGGAUUUGGAUGUACCUUGUUCCUGGUGCCAUCUGAAUUCUCUCUCCUUUUUGUCACCUCCCAGAUUGUCACCGGCCUCUACCUGGGGAAUAUUCAUGACUCGGAGGACCACGAGAACCUGCUGAGGAACGGGGUGACCCACAUCCUAUCCAUCCACAACCGUGCCACGCCCGUGCUGGAGGACAUGACCUAUCUGUGUAUCUCGGCCUCGGAUUCAUCCAGUCAAAACCUGCUGCAGCAUUUCAAGGAGUGCAUCCAGUUCAUCCACGAGUGCCGGCUGGGAGGGGGAGCCUGCCUGGUGCACUGCCUGGCCGGGGUGUCCCGCAGCAGCACGGUGCUGGUGGCAUACCUGAUGACAGUGACAGAGCUGGGCUGGCAGAGCUGCCUGGCUGCCACCAGGGCCGUGCGCUCCUACGCCAGCCCCAACUCCGGCUUCCAGCAGCAGCUGCAGGAGUACCAGAGCACCCUGCUCCCCCAGUACCGCGCCUGGAUCCGCCGGGAUUACGGCAGGAACCCCUUCCAGGACCAGCAGGAGCUGCAGCAGCUGCUGGGCUCUGGGAAUCCAGGGCUUCCCUCUGGCUGCCCUGGGACCCUGGCAGGGGUCAGGAACCCCCCUGGACAGAGAACAGGGACCGGCACCGGGAGCGGCCGGGGAGCAGGGAACAGGUACCGGUAUCCUCCGGGCGAGGUCAGGGACCGGCCGGGGGACAGGUACCGGCACCGGUAUCCCCCGGAGGAGGGCAGGGACCGGCCGCAGGAUCUCGUCCUGUACCGGCAUCCCCUGUGA